AUGCGUGCCUUUAUUGUUUUGUGUUUGGUGGCUGUUGCCUGUGCCGAUAAGUUGGGAUACAACUAUCAACCCGUUGGUCACUCAUCGUCUGGUUUAUCAUUCACUCCCGGUACUGGUGUUGGCUCUGCCAGUAAUGUAGUUUCCAGCUAUACCGGUGGUGUUGGUUCUUAUAAUGGUCAACAAGGCUCCAUUGCUCCCAGCUAUAAUGGUGGUGUCGCUUCUUAUGAAGGUCAAGGUUCCAGCGGCGUACCAUCCGUUGCCCCACAAGCUGAACUUGAAAAGGAAUUCUAUACCUUCUCUGCCAAUGAUGCUGAUUUCAAUGAUCCCGCCAGCUCCAACCAAUACGACAGUGCUGUGAAGAGAGGUAUCCGUGUUAUCUUCAUCAAGGGCCCCGAAAACAAUGGUUUGGAAGAUGCCGCCGUGGCUUUGGCCAAAAAUGCUGCCCAACAAGAAACCGCCAUCUAUGUGCUCAACAAACAAGCCGACCUUUCCAAUUUGGCCAACAAACUUAACACCAUCAACACCGGCAACAACAACAAACCCGAAGUUCACUUUGUCAAAUACCGUACUCCUGAAGAUGCUGCCAAUGCUCAACGUGCUAUCCAAGGACAAUACGAUUCGUUGGGUGGUCCAUCUCAUAACUUCAAUGGUGGUGUUGCUCCAGUCAUUAACUUUGCUUCCCAAGCCCCAGUAGCUGAUGCGCCAGCUGCUUCUGCCCCUGGCGCCACCUACUUGCCCGCUUCAGUAUUGAAACGCAGAUUGUAA